GUUUUGGCCAGCUUGGAUUUCGUACUUUUCCAGCAGGAGCUCAUUCUGUUUCCUCCAUUAUUUGUAGAUGUAUUUGGUCUAUAGAAGUGUCAAGAAGUGACUAUAAACAGGAUGUGGGUAGCCACUGUUGGUUCUAAAGAACUGAGACAAGGGGUGAAAAGUGAAGUGGAACACAAUGUGUUGACCCUGUAGAACAAAAACAUUUUCACUUGUACAAUGUUAAAGUAAAUUCAGCCAAAUUUACGCAUUGUCUAUAUUUUACGCUCAUGAUUAUUCACUGGAUUAGUCAUUGUCAGAUGAAACAGUAGUGUCUGACUAGCUGUGGUAAUAAAUCACAUUGGUCCAUGUUUGCUUCCUUCAGUGAAAGACCCGUAUCAGGCUUUUUUGUGAGCUUCAAUGGAGUUUAGGCUGCUGCUGACCUUAGUUCUUUCUACGCACAUCACAGGGUUCAGUGCUGAGAUCUCUGUGUUUGUGCAGACAGGAGCUUCUGUUCACCUGGAUAUACAAACACAAGAACUACCAGAGUUUGAGGAUUUAUACUGGACAAAAAAUAAAUCAGAUAAUUUAGUUAAAUAUACAAAUGAAUCUAAAAAAGUAAAAUUUUACAAAGACAGAGUGGAUUUCAAUGAUACAACCUUCUCUCUGACUCUGAAGAACAUGCGGAAGACAGACAGUGGACUCUACAAAGCAAGAACAAGUGGAGAAUCAGAGAAGAAUAUUGUUACAUACAGAGUAUUUGUUAUAGAUGCAGUGGAAGCUCCUGUCCUGACUGUAUACUCAAAAUGGUCCAGUCAUGAAUAUUGUAAUUUUACGUGUAAUGGAAGUAACAUUACCAUCAGCCUCAUCUAUAACAGAAGCAGCUGUUUUCCAGAGGAAGUGACAUCAUCUGAUCACUACACCCUAAGACUGAUCUGCAGUAAUGACUCCAUCAUGUGUAACUACAGCAACCCAGUGAGCUGGAAGACUGACACACUGAAUGUUAAUGAACACUGCGCUGUUAAUGAAGGAAAACAAGCAGCAUCUGUGUUUCCUCCGUGGGUUGUUGCUAUUAUUUUUCUAUUCUCAUUGGCAGCAGUGAUCAGCUCAUGUAUUUACAAAAGAAAAAAAGGUGCCCUGGAGGUUGAACAAACAAUCUAUGCAGAAGUGGACGAGAACAUCAAGCCACGGAAGUCACUGGAGAUGUUGGGGAAAUCAGCGAAUUCCCAGACAGUGUAUGAUACUGUAGGAGAUCCAGGACGAACUGAUGCUACCGUCCACACUCAGCCUGUGAAACAGAGUUCAUCACUUUCAGAGAAGAGCAAGUCAGAUGCACCAGUCACUAUCUACUGUUCCAUUCAGCAGCAAGCAAACCCCCCCAAAACUGAAGCUGAAAACACUGUCUAUGCUGUGGUCAGUAUCCCGCCAGCUGAUUAUGAAUCUGCACAUCCACAAUCAGAAUAAAAGUGAAUGAAUGAAAAUAAUAAAACUUAAAGUAUGUGUUCAGGAAGGCCAGUGUAAAUGAGCAGCAUAUUUACCAUGUGCAAUGUGCUCACAUUGUAGUUGAUUCAUGGUGUGUUACAGAUAUUUGUAUAUGUAAAUUCUGUCUUUUUUUAAAGCAGCAAUGUAUUUUUAUUGUAAAAAUAUUGUACAUGAGGCUUCAGGGCCGCCCUGAAAUAUGUGAAAAAUGUGCCCCCCUUC